AUGACUCAUCCAAACGAGGAGCACAAACACAUGAAGGCCUUAAAGAGACACCACGACAUGCUUGGGUUUGUGGCGUAUGCCGAGUGCGGAAUGAUGUCUUCCAUUUCCGUCAACCAUGGGUCUUCGGUGUCCAGGAAGAGGUUACAAUGUUAA